AUGCCGUCCCUCUCGACGACGGCGGCCGUCGCUGUCCUCGCCGCGCUCGGCGCAAGAGCGCAAUGGAACGACGUCCCUCCCUCCAACGACAGCGCGACGAAUCCAUGGUGGCCGCAGUAUCCAGAGGGCACGAGCAAGUACGACUUCAUGAUGAACGACACGAGCAACGACGAAGACCUCAAGGGCAACUCGCGCAUUGCAAAGUGGAUUGUCACGACGAGCAAUGUCUGGAGAGCGCAGUUUGGCUCUCAACCAACGCAGUGGAACGAGUCGUGUGCGCGCGAGGCGCAGAAGCACGUCGACACCUGUCUGUGGGAGCACUGGGGGUCGGACAACCUGGCCGAGCAGUCGUACUCGCUGCCCGAGGGCCGCUUCGACGUGAACAGCAUGAUGGAGCUCUGGUCCAGCGAGUGGGACUACUACCCCUUCCGAUACCCCGAGGCGCAGGCCAACAGCCACUUCACGGCCAUGACGUGGAACAGCUCCAACACGGUCGGGUGCGCGUGGAACGUCGGGUGCAGCAACGACACCGAGUUCCCCUCCCAGACCUUCUUCGUGUGCAACUACUGGCCAGUCGGGAAUAUGAACACGGACCCGCCGGGCGAGCUGUAUGCCAAGAACGUGGGCAACUUUACAAAGUGGAGCCCAGAGGAGGUUCCGACGAUCACGCCCGACCAGGUGCCCAGCAGUGGGAACGCGCCCACGGUCAAGAAUGGCAAUCAGACGCAGCAGGAUCAGGCUGAGGCCGAGAGCAGCUCGUCCGAGGCCGCGGCCGCGAGUCAGACGGGGCCCGUGGCGCCCACUGAUCCGAAUGGCAGCGCGGCGGGCAAGUUGGCCGUCAGCGCCGCGCUCCUCGUUGCGGGCCUCGUUGCCUCGCUCGCAUAG